GUCUCCUCCAAAGUUACUUUCUUAAGGAUGGCACCAGCUGGAGCAAAGAGGGGUAUUCUGGAGCGCCUGAACGCAGGCGAAGUCGUAAUUGGAGACGGAGGCUUCGUCUUCGCCCUGGAGAAGAGAGGUUACGUGAAGGCAGGACCUUGGACCCCAGAAGCCGCCGCAGAGCAUCCUGAAGCCGUGCGACAGCUGCACAGGGAAUUCCUGAGGGCAGGGGCAAAUGUCAUGCAGACCUUCACGUUCUAUGCCAGCGACGACAAACUGGAGAAUAGAGGCAACAAUCUGAGCUUCACGGGACAGCAGAUCAAUGAGGCAGCCUGUGACCUGGCCCGGGAAGUGGCCAAUGAAGGUGACGCGCUGGUAGCUGGUGGAGUGUCCCAGACCCCCUCCUAUCUGAGCUGUAAGAGUGAGGAUGAAGUGAAGGCCAUCUUCAAGAGGCAGCUGGAUGUAUUCAUAAAGAAAAAUGUGGACUUCCUGAUUGCUGAGUACUUUGAGCAUGUGGAGGAGGCUGAAUGGGCUGUUCAGGUUCUGAAGAGCACUGGAAAGCCUGUUGCUGCCAACAUGUGCAUUGGACCUGAUGGAGACAUGCAUGGAGUAUCUGCUGGGGAGUGUGCCAUCAGACUGGUCAAGGCUGGUGCUGACAUCGUUGGUGUGAACUGCCACUUUGACCCCUUGACCUGCGUUCAGGCUGUGAAGCUGAUGAAAGAAGCGGUGGAAAAGGCCGGUCUGAAGGCUCAUUAUAUGGUGCAGCCACUGGCCUACCAUACUCCUGACUGCAAUCGCCAGGGCUUCAUCGACCUGCCCGAGUUUCCUUUUGCUCUGGAGCCCCGUAUCUUGACUCGCUGGGAUAUGCAGCAGUAUGCCCGUGAGGCCUACGAUGCUGGCAUCCGUUACAUUGGAGGCUGCUGCGGGUUCGAGCCCUACCACAUCCGUGCAUUGGCUGAGGAGCUGGCCCCAGAGAGGGGCUUCCUGCCUACUGCUUCAGAGAAACAUGGACCUUGGGGGACUGGACUGGAGAUGCACACCAAGCCUUGGGUUAGAGCCAGGGCUCGCCGUGAGUACUGGGAGAAGAUUAGGCCCGCCUCUGGACGCCCUCUGUGCCCAUCCAUGUCUAAACCUGAUAGCUGGGGUGUCACCAAGGGCCAUUCUGACCUGAUGCAGCAGAAGGAAGCCACCAGUCAAGACCAGCUGCGUCCCCUGUUUGACAAAUGCAGCGCCACACAAUAAGUCAUCUCAUAAGACGUGAGCA